AUGCUUUGUGGGAGGGGGAUGUGCACUGCGACGAGAAGGAAAAAAAUGUUGCGAGACGACCACCACCACAAGACCGGAGUGAAGUUGUGUUUUGUCCACUUGCGCGAGGGCAGCCUGCCACCUGGUCGGUUAGGAGGAUUAUUUUUUUUUGUGUCGUUGCGCUCUCUUUUUAUUCCGCUGCGUUUUUCUUGCGGACCUGCGAAGGGAGAUUUGCAAGAAAUUCCUGCGAGGCGUCCGUGCCGUCGUCGGAAAAGCGGAUCCUCCCUUGAAAAACGCUACCUUUUAAAUUUGUUUUGGUCGGGGAGUUCCUGUCGAUUCAACGCGACUUUGUUUUGCGUAUUUGAUGCGUGUGUUUCCGAGCGGUUCGAUCUGUGCUCCCAGCCCACUCGGAUGUGGUGUGCGCGUCGACGUGAAGGUGCCUGCCAGCCGUUUUAUUGCCUCCCCCGCUGUGGCUGCCGCCGUUGCCUUCUUCCCUUCCUGAGGUCCUGCGGCUUCUUGACAAGAUGUUUUGGAGAAGGCGUUGCCGCUCUUAUCGUCCAUUGUAUUUUGAUUCUGGUGUCGCGGUCAGGAGACAUUGAACGAGAGGGUUUGCUGCCCUUUUGUUUUAUUUGUCCUCUCUGCCUGACGUCCAGUUCUACACAAAAGUGCUCCUCGGCACCUCAGUUGGUGCUGGCGGGUUUGCUCACAGUUGUCACUGGCAAUCGCAUGCGCCAACUCUUCUCUGCUCCUUUUCAGUGUCGCAUUUUUUUAUUGAUUGACGGACGCCAUUCUGUCCGGCGUGCCACUUUGAUUGGAUUGUGUGGGAUUGCUCGCCAACGCCAUCGGAGAAAUCAGGCCGACUUUUUCACGUAUUUAAAUGCCGUCUUGUGCGCACGUACUUUCUUACUUUCUGUUGAUGUGCACUCAAGCAGCGCGGGAUCCGGAACCAUGUGUGCGUGA